AUGGCCAUAGGCAGCCCAACCGGCGGUAGCCAGGCUUCGGAGGACGAGUUGCCUGGCAAUACGCGCCUUGCUAACGGAGAAGAGGCUACCUUUUUCAACACGGGGUAUCUCAUGAUCGGGCAGGACCUGGAAAAUCUGGCGAGGAAAAGGAGGAAAGCUACGCCAGAUUUUGAGCUACUCGAGCCAGAGGCCAGGCCCAUGCCUGCCAGGCAGCAGUGCGCGGGGCUGUGGCCUUCGUUGCCCGACGGAGACGCAGUGGACCAGGUGCAGCGCGACAUUCCGGACGCAUGGUACCAACUCUGCAGGGUCUCUGCCUUGUUACAGUUCAUAAUGCUCAUGGCGGAGAAGGGAGGGUUUUGGAGGCGCGGUUUGCACCUCUUUGGCGACGGAAGCAACCACGAAGGACAGUCUGAUGGCUACUGGCGGCAUGUCGCCGACACUCUGUGCGACAUUUUGCACAAGAUGGAAGCCACCAAGGCCGAGGCGCGAGAGCAUAUGCAAAAGAUCCCGCUGGAUGAGUUCUGGAAGGUGGAACUAGAGAAUUUGGAGCCCAUUGCGGCGGAGGCGGAGCAGAAAUAUCACGAGGCUAUGGUCGAACAAGUGCGGCAAGUGGGAUUGGAAAGCGCUUCUUCUACUCAGCAGACGGCUCAGGGGACGGUCUCUCAACCAGCGACUCCACAAGCAUUGCGAGCCCGGCAGCCAGGGAAAGUGCGGAAAAGCCAAGCCGCAAGACCAAACAGGACACGACCGAGAACACAGAAAGCACAGGAAUCACAGGAAUCACAGGAAUCACAGAAAGACGGUUCUCAACUUAGGACUAUGAUAAGGGGGAAUGUGGCAUCAAGAGCGGCCCUAAAUUUCUCAGAAGACAGCAAAAACUCGGGUCCAGCCAUGGGCAGCAGCUUCGCAUCAACAGCAUCUGGGAAGUCAUCUAGAAUGGCGUACGGCUUGAACACCAAGAGCAUUAUCGACAUCGAGAAGCGCUCCUUACGAAACCAGAAAAAAAAGACAAACCAGACGCCGGCCAGCACUGGAGUUCUCGACGGUAGGGUCGACACGAGAAAGCAGUAUAGACGCACGCAACGUCCUAGAAAGGGUUAA